UUUUGUCAGAAAAUAAAAAAGGACAAACCUCAGGUUUUCAAACGUGUUGUUAACGUGGAUACUUUACGACAUGCCUAUAUAAACUAAUUCUCAUCCUCGUGAAAGAACAAAGAUUGAGUCUUUCUACCUCUUUGUUGUUAUGAAAAGAUUGUUGUGUUGAGGAGAAGAAAUGGCCAAAGUUGUCAUCUUUUUUGUGGGGCUUGUGCUCUUGCACUGUUGGGUAGCCAUGGCAGAGGCAGAGUAUUUGAAAUACAAAGAUCCAAAACAGCCUCUGAGUACACGAAUCAAGGACCUUAUUAACAGGAUGACUUUAGAAGAGAAAAUUGGCCAGAUGGUGCAGAUUGAUCGCAGUGUUGCUUCUGCUGAUGUGAUGAAGAAGUAUUUUAUUGGGAGUAUGCUAAGUGGGGGUGGCAGUGUUCCCAAGCAACAUGCUUCUGCAGAGGAUUGGGUUGACAUGGUGAAUGAUUUUCAAAAGGGUGCUUUAUCUACUAGGUUGGGAAUUCCAAUGAUAUAUGGGAUUGAUGCUGUUCAUGGCCAUAACAAUGUCUAUAGAGCAACCAUUUUUCCUCACAAUGUUGGUCUAGGAGCUACCAGAGACCCUCAACUGGUGAAGAAGAUUGGAGAAGCAACUGCACUUGAAGUUAGAGCAACAGGAAUUCAAUAUGCUUUUGCUCCUUGCAUAGCGGUUUGCCGAGAUCCUAGGUGGGGCCGAUGCUAUGAAAGUUAUAGUGAAGAUCAUACAAUAGUUCAAGCUAUGACUGAGCUCAUUCCAGGACUGCAAGGUGACAUCCCAGCAAACUCACCAAAGGGAGUUCCAUUUGUUGCUGGAAAGAAUAAAGUUGCAGCUUGUGCUAAGCACUAUGUUGGUGAUGGUGGAACAACAAAAGGAAUAAAUGAGAACAACACAGUGAUAGACAGACAUGGGUUGCUCAGCAUUCACAUGCCAGCAUACUAUAAGUCAAUCAUUAAGGGUGUGGCAACCAUCAUGGUCUCUUACUCCAGCUGGAACGGAGAAAAAAUGCACGCUAAUCGUGAUCUAGUCACCGGCUUUCUAAAGAACAAACUUCGUUUUAGGGGUUUUGUCAUAUCAGAUUGGCAGGGAAUUGACAGGAUAACUUACCCUCCUCAUGCAAACUAUACAUAUUCCAUUCAAGCCGGAGUCAGUGCUGGUAUUGACAUGGUAAUGAUUCCCUAUAACUUCACAGAACUCAUUGAUGGCCUAACCAUGCUGGUGAAAAAUAAUUUCAUACCAAUGAGUCGAAUUGAUGAUGCAGUUAAGAGAAUUUUGAGGGUCAAGUUUGUUAUGGGUCUAUUUGAGAAUCCAUUGGCUGAUUAUAGUCUAGUGAGCCAGCUUGGGAGCCAGGAGCAUAGAGAUUUGGCUAGGGAAGCUGUGAGAAGAUCAUUAGUCUUAUUAAAGAAUGGAGAAAGUGUUGAUGAACCAUUGCUCCCUCUUCCUAAAAGGGCUUCAAAAAUACUUGUUGCUGGAACCCAUGCUAAUAAUCUAGGCUAUCAAUGUGGUGGAUGGACCAUUGAAUGGCAAGGACUCAGUGGCAACAACCUUACUAGUGGUACCACAAUUCUGAGUGCUAUCACAAGCACAGUUGAGGAAGAUACAGAGAUAGUCUACAAGGAGAACCCUGAUCUAAACUAUGUGAAGUCCAAUAACUUUUCAUAUGCUAUUGUGGUAGUUGGAGAAACUCCAUAUGCUGAAACCAAUGGUGAUAGCUUGAAUUUGACCCUCUCUAAUCCUGGUUCUGAGAUCAUAAACAAUGUUUGUGGAGGAGUGAAGUGUGUUGUUGUGCUUAUCACUGGUCGCCCUGUGGUUAUGCAGCCAUAUCUUGAUGCAAUUGAUGCCCUUGUUGCUGCUUGGCUCCCUGGUAGUGAAGGUCAAGGUGUGAGUGAUGUGUUAUUUGGUGACUAUGGGUUCAGUGGAAAGCUCCCAAGGACAUGGUUCAAGAGUGUUGAUCAGUUGCCUAUGAAUGUUGGAGAUCCUCAUUAUGACCCAUUAUUCCCAUUUGGAUUUGGCCUAACAACCAAACCCAACAAAGCCAAUUAAAAAUUCAACAUAGUUGCCUCUUUUACCAUUCUUCUCCAUUGUUUAUUAUUAUCAACAAAAUUAAUGCAAAAUAAACAUGCAAUUUUAUGAUGGUGCAUAAAAUAUCUAAGAAGUGUUUAAUUUUUUUUUCUUCGACAGAUUGUGGCGGUAAUAAACAGCCUCAAUCUCUAUGGGUGGUCGAAUCAUGGUCGUAUGUCCACAAAUUGCUACAUUCA